AUGACCAUGACGGCAAAGGACAAACGCAUUGCCAGCAGACUCGAGUGCCUUCCCUCGGAACUCAUCGAGCCUAUCCUGGCCAACCUGACAUUCCGAGAUAUCAUUGCACUGUCGAUAUGUGCCGAAGACAACUGCCAACUAGCCAACGCUCCUGUCAUCAGCCCAGCAUGGAAGGACAUCUGGCCUGUGUAUGUGGCUCGGAGAUCCGAGUUUCAGACAAUCAUGUCUCUAAUAGUACCCUUGGGCGGCGGGAGCUGGCAUGAUCCUACAGAUGGCGAGCUAGAUCUGACUCCGGAUAUGUUUCGUCGAAGAAUGGUACGUGGAAAAGAACUCUAUUGUCAUUCUUUGCCAGGAACUUUCACUGGAAGAAAUAGCGGCGAUAGUACCUUGGCUUACCAGUGA